GGCGAUUUUAGCCUGGUUUGAGGUUGCUGCAGCUCGUGUCCUGCUGCAAGAACAAGCGUGACGCGCUGUGGUAAGUACCCGUUUCUACUGCAGUACGCGUGACCCGAAAGUCGUGGCGCAAUAGCUCUCCUGCAGCCUGCAUCAAGCGUGCAGCGCUCCCGAGCCGCAGUAUGGCCCUCCGCGCCGCUUUACUGACAACAACAGCAUGCGCUUUGCAACCCAAGCUCCCGACGCGCGCGCCGUCGGCGCGCCGCAGUACCGUAAGGAUGGCCUGGAACGACCAAGCGACGUGCAAGGUCUGCUUCGUAAGACACGGCCAGAGCGAGUGGAACGCGAAGAACCUCUUCACGGGCUGGGCCGACGUCCCGCUCACAAUCCUAGGCAAGAACGAGGCCGCCGCCGGCGCGACGUGGAUCUGGAAGGAGGGCCUAGAAUUUGAUGUGGCCUACACGUCAGAGCUCAAACGGGCCCAGCAAACGCUAAAACUGGUCAUGGACAUCACCGGCCAAAACGACCUCACGGUGCACAAGUCCUGGCGGCUCAACGAGCGCAUGUACGGCGCGCUCCAGGGUCUCAACAAGAAGGAGACGGUUUUGAAGUAUGGGGAUGAUCAAGUGCAGUUGUGGCGUCGAAGUUUUGACACGCCGCCGCCGCCCUGCGAGUUGGAUAGCGAGUACUGGCCGGGCAACGACAACAAAUACGCGCACGUGCCCGAGGAAGACGUCCCGCGGUCGGAGUGCCUCAAGGACACCAUAGAUAGAACAUUGCCGUACUGGGACGGCGCCAUCGUGCCUGCGUUGAAGCGGGGCAAGACGGUGUUGAUCGCGGCCCAUGGCAACUCGAUCCGAGGUAUGGUCAAGGCUCUUGACAAUAUUGGUGAUUCGGAGAUCGUGGGUCUCGAAAUCCCGACGGGCGUGCCGCUCUUAUAUCAUCUGGACGCUGAUUUAAAACCGCUCAAGGACCCGCGAAGCUUCGGGUUGCUGUCGGGAGCGUUCCUCGGCGACCCCGAGGAGAUCAAGGCGGCGCAGGAGAAAGUAGCCGCGCAAACAAAAGUCGAAGACACGUCGGUAGAAAGCGAGGAGGAAGGCAAAAAGCGCAUCCUCGAGGAGGCGCGGGGCGUCUAGGCCUCAUAAGUCACAGUCGUUUACUCAGUAGCCGUUGCAGCCCGGGUCGGCGACGACGCGGCCCUUGGGCGCCUU